GGCGCAGAGCCGACGACUGAAGUUUGUCACUGCAGGCUGAAGAGGGGGGACUUGGGGUUCCGUGUUAUGAUAGGCGAGGAGACUUGCGAUUUUUUUUGUUUUGUGUUCUCAAGUGCUCAUUGCAGGCUGAUCACAGAGUUAAGAGUGGAACCUGAGAUCGGUGUUUUGAUAGGCUAGGAGACCUGCGGUUUUUUUUGGUGUUCUGAUAGGCUGAUAUCAGUCUCAGAGGGGAACUUUGGAUCUGUGCUCUGAUAGGCUAAUCCAAGUCUAAGAAGGGAACUUGAGAUCUAUGCUCUGAUAGGCUAAUCCAAGUCUCAGAGGAGAUCUUGAGAUCUGUGCUCUGAUAGGCUAAUCCAAGUCUAAGAGGGGGGCCUGGGAUCUGUGCUCUGAUAGGCUAAUCCAAGUCUAAGAGGGGGGCCUGGGAUCUGUGCUCUGAUUCAAUAAUCUCGACGAAGGGGUCUGGACACGUGUAGAGGACCAUGUGUCACUGGGCGCCAUCGACCCUGACGCUACUGGCGCUGCUAAGACUCGCUGGAGGCGAGCCGGGUCCGACGGUGCCUCGCUCUGUGCGCUUCUCGUCCCUCAACCUGAAGCACGUGGUGAGCUGGGAGCCGCCGCUGAUGGGGCCGCGUCUCGCAGGGCGCCCCGCUCUGGCGCCACGCUACAGCGUGCAGGUCCUGGGCGAGGGCUGGGAGGUGUGGAGAGACGUCCCCGGCUGCGUGUCCACGCCGCGCACCGAGUGCGACGUCAGCGACCCCCUCGACGAGCCGGAGCUCGCCUACCGCGCCCGCGUGGCGCUCGACCCCCCGCCGACGACCCUCCUGCCGGGGGCCCCUUCUCCGCAAGCGCCCUCGGGGACCCAGUGGGCAUACAGCGACGAAUUCAUGCCCUCGCGCGACACGCUGCUGAGCGCCGUGUCUCUGUCGGCGCUGGGUGGCAACGCCAGCGUGGAGCUGCUGCUUACGGAGCCGCUCACUCCGCUGCGGGACGCGAGCGGUGAGCUGGUGCCGCUCAGCGGCGCCGUGCCCGACCUCAUCUACCUCUUCAUCUACUGGAGGGACGGCAGCUCGGUAGAGGAGGCGCUCACGGUGGCGGGCGACAAGCGCGCCGUGCUGCUGGAGGGUCUGGAGGGCGGCACGAGCUACUGCGUCCACGCGCAGGCCUGGGUGGACGCGUGGUCCCGCUGGGGGACCACCAGCGAGGUGGUGUGCGCCACCACGCUGGGCGACAGCGACGAGGAGCUGGAAGCACCGACGACGACGAUGGUUAGAGAGGCGCGCACGGAGCCGCCCCGCGACACGGGGUGCGGCGACGCGCACUGGGAGGCACGGGCCGACACAGGCACGGGCUGGGUGUACGGGCUGGUCGCUGGGGCGGCCCUGCUCGGCUUCGGCACGGGCCUGAGCCUGAGCCUCUGUCUGGUGAAAUGCAUCCGUCGACCCAACUCCGUGCACCCCUUCAGCAUCCCUGCUCCCUCCGACAUGCCCACGUCACCCACCCGGCUCACGGGGCCCGAAAGGAUAAUCUAGGGAGACCAAAACUCCCCCGGCCCAUUCACUCCACACGUCCGAUGGGCUACGUGCGAUGUGGCAGAGGAGUUGGACGUGACACGCACACGCGGGACGCUCGCCUGGACAAUGUGCAAGGGGAUGUCUCCCGGAGAGCGACCGCUUGUAUUUGGAAGCAAGCGACCGUUCUCACGUUCGUGGGGUGGGGUCCAGUUGGGGUGUCGUCUCUCUGAACCUCAAGCCGUGGCCUUCUCCCAAGUCCACUCAGCCUAAACCAACAAAAUGAACACUCGGCGGUGGCGGCGAGGUGAACUUCAGUGGCGGGGAGGCAGCGCAGGUGCUGUCCCACGCCGCCCGCAAGAGGCGCUCGCUAACAGCGCUGAUCCCAGCUCUCUCUGCAAGGCAAGGCAGGGACGUGCACACACCCUCGCACGCGACGCGGUACUCGGAGUGAGCACGUGCAUCAAGGGCGCGCCUCGGAUCGGGAAGGAAAAACCAGCGCAGGACGCGAGGUUCAACCGCCCAACCAGCUGCCAGGAUAUGAGAUGCAUCCUUGCCAACUCCCGUCUCACCCCCCCCCCGGC